UUUCAAUUUUAAUUUUUUUAUUAAAUAUUUUUACUUUUGUAUAUAUAUUGUUUAAAAAAAAAAAAAAAUUUUAUCCUCCCGCAACCGCCCGCAACCGCAAACGCUAGCUUGAGCCAGCUUUUGAAUUUAUGAGAUUUGGAGCGGUUUGAAGCGGUUUAGAGCGAUUUGAGUGAUUGUUGCAAACCGCCGACAACCGCUACCAACUGCAAAAGCUGCGUUUGCGGGUGGUAGCGGGAAGACCAGUCGCCCCCUAAGUUUGUUUGAACAGGAAAUAAGACUUAAUUACCCCCUUCAGUUAUUUUCAGCCGAAUAAGAAGUUUCGGAAAUCUUUUAUCAAUUUUUUUUCCGUUCCCACCUAAAUCAGUUGACUACGUUACUUUAUAUCUAAUCGGCACUCCAACUGUAUAUAAUCUGAAUUGUAAUUGGUUUUCUAAAAUUAUACGUAUACGAGGUUGGUAACUUUUGUGUUGAUAACUUGGGAUAUUAUAUACUUCAUAAUUACUUUAUUUCUCCUUAUUUUACUCAAUUUUGCAGUCACACACACAUAUGGUAACGCGUAUAAACGACUGAACUAGGGAGAAUCAAGAACUACAAGACGAAAUUAUAGAAUUGAAUACUAGAAGGCCGACCACAUAAAAUAUUCUUAUUUGUCACAAAACGAUCGUAAUUCGAAUACUUUAAGCUAAUUUUCUCAGUCAAAUACACGCCAAAACAUGUGAAACUCUCUACCAGUGAUCGCUAUAAGUAAGCCUGCACAUACUUUUGUCUCUCUUGACACUAACCUGAAACUCUCUCUCUCUCUCUCUAUAAGCUGUCUUCUAAAAAUGGCGGCUAGAUCUCUUGUCCAAAACCCUAAUUUGAAACAAGUUCCACUUCCAAGAUCAGACAAAAAUCUAGAACACACUGUCUCUCUUCCUUAUCUUGUCUCUCUCCACAAUUCCAACACGCACACCUCCAGAAGACUUGUAGUUUCUUCUUCUACUUCUUCAGUAUUAGCACCACACAUUCCAACUUCUCGAGUUGUUUCUCCUCCUAUAUCUCGUGCUCAGGCACCGUGCUCCAGCGCAGAAGCGACUGUACCAUUGUCUCGGGUUUGGAGAGAGAUACAAGGAUGUAACAACUGGCAAGAUCUUAUCGAACCUUUAAAUCCUCUUCUCCAAAAAGAGAUCACUCGCUACGGAAACUUAGUUUCCACUUGUUACAAAGCCUUUGAUCUAAACCCUACUUCUAAACGUUACUUGAACUGCAAGUAUGGCAAAAAUACCUUGCUUAGAGAAACGGGAAUCGACAAACCUGAGGAGUACCAAGUCACCAAAUACAUCUACGCAACGCCGGACAUAAACAUCAACAUCCGUCCGAUCCAGAACGAGGCCAAUAAGGGAGCACGUUGGGUAGGUUACGUUGCAGUUUCAUCUGAUGACUCGGUAAAACGUUUAGGGAGGAGAGACGUCGUGGUUACCUUUCGUGGAACGGUGACUAACCCUGAAUGGUUAACGAACUUCAUGAGCUCUUUGGCUCCGGCUAGGCUCCAUCCUCAUAACACGCGGCCUGAUUGACAUGUGAAGGUCGAGUCCGGGUUCUUGAGUUUAUACACAUCCGAUGAGAGUGACAGCAGAUUCGGACUAGAGAGCUGUAGACAACAGCUUCUGACCGAAAUUUCAAGAUUGAUGAAUAAGUACAAAGGAGAAGAUAUGAGUAUCACACUCGCUGGACAUAGCAUGGGAAGCUCAUUAGCUCAUCUUCUUGCUUACGACAUUGCGGAGCUCGGUUUAAACAAGAAGAUAGGCGAGAGAGAUAUUCCCGUGACUGUGUUCUCUUUUGCCGGUCCUAGGGUUGGUAACUUGAAGUUCAAGAAACGUUGCGAGGAGCUAGGAGUGAAGGUUUUGAGGAUCACUAACGUUAAUGAUCCGAUCACAAAACUUCCUGGCUUUUUAUUUAAUGAGAAUUUUAGGGUUUUAGGUGGUUUUUAUGAGCUUCCAUGGAGUUGUUCAUGUUAUGCUCAUGUUGGGGUCGAACUAACACUAAAUUUUUUUAAUGUUCAAAACAUGUCUUGCGUUCAUGAUCUCCAGACUUAUAUCGAUCUUAUUAAUUGUCGGAGAAUAAGCUCGAGAUCAGCCGAGACCGAUGGGGAAAAGAGCAGUGAAAAUGUUGGCUUGAAAUAUUUGAAGCAAAAGGGUGAGAAGCUGAUGUUCUUGAAGGGACAACGAAUGAUGCAUUGGAGCAACUUCGUAAAUCUACUUUCUUCUGUCUCUUAUCAUAUGUUGUAUUGUAAAUUGUAAUAUAUUCUAGGACUAAAUGUUCCGAUCUUUUUUUUUUAAGAUUGAACAAAUAGUUAUUAGUUUAUCUGUACAAAGUAUAUAAAUGCUAUUUUACUAAUGGUUGUAAGAAUCUCCUUAGAUACUAAGAAAUUGUAGGCUGUCUUUUUAUUUUAGCAGUUAUCUUUAUGCAUAUA